AUGCGACUCUCGGACCGGGAAGCUGCCCAUGCUAUCCGGGCCAGACUCGAGCCGCUCGGCCGAACAGGCCUCAGCAUCGUGUACACAGAGAAAGGCAAUUCCAAGUCCGCUCUGAAGGCAGCUGGGUUUUGGUUAGACGGCGAAAUGUAUGACCACGCCGCGUUUGCUGAAGAUACGAGCAACUUAUUUAAGCGCGAAGCUGCCAUAUAUGAAGCCCUUGGUCCACACCCAUGCAUCCUCAAGUGUAUUGGUGUCGAAUUGAUGCCUGAUGGAGAAGAAGCCUGA